UCGGUUCAGUCCCCAACACUACCAGAGAUAAUACCAGUACCAAAGCAGAGUAUAUUGCAACAAGUUAGAGAGAGAAAGCGAAUAGCGAGAGGUGGAGAUUGGAGUUUCAGAGACCGCCAUGGCAGAACAUUGGCCUCUAAUCAUGCGUUUUCCUCUCAAAUUUACCCUAAAAUAGCACGUCUUUCUCACAUUUCUGAAAAUCUUUGGACGUUUCAGAGCUCGCUCAUCGCCGUACCUGCAACAAAAAUCGCUAUUGAGAGCUUCGAUAACCGAGAAAAGUCGCUUGAAUUCCAAGCCUCCCUGAGUUAUUCUCUGUUUUUCUGAGUCUAAAAGGGUGAUAAGUCACCAAAUUUUGAGUUCUAAGGCGAUCGUUGUUUUAAUGCGUCUCUGCAACUAGCUGAAGCUUGUGCUUGUCGCCUGUUAUCUCUUCUGUAGCUUUAAGUGGAUUUUAAUGGCCGAUUACCUGUGCGCUGCUUUAUAGAUUGAAGUUUAAUCAGUGAUUUGGAGCUUAUCACUGGUGAUUUCUGUUGAGCUCAAGAGAAGCGCGAAUUCCUGAUACUUGCAGUUUCUUCUCUCGUUCUAAUCGUAAAGUAGUGAGUUAUUUUGCGGUCUUUAAUCGCUUUGGCCUCAGUGUGAAUCAGGAGUUUCCGGUGUUCUAUUGUUGUUCAUUUCCGGAGCAAAAAUGAAAAAUUCACAAGAAUGAAGCAUUUCAUCGCCCAUUCCAAGCCUCUAAUCGCCGAUCUCUCCAAUAAAUCGUCUGUUUAGUGCCUCUGAUAAAGAAAGCCUCCUGCUUGUUUGCUUUGAGGUUGACAAAUAGAGAAUCGGAUCGACGAUUUGAUUGUUUCACGCGGCGAUCUUUUGAAAUACGGGUACAAAGCUGGUGAGAUAGAGAUGUCUCGUGUAAAAGGCCUUGGAGUAGCGAAUCGUCUCUUCUUUUGAGGCUUGAAAAAAGGGUGGAAUUUGAUCGGCGAUCAAACCGCCUUUACACCGGCGAUCUUUUGUAGCGUCUCUGCAACGCCGUAAGAGCUCUGUUCUCUUUGCCUUUUUUUUGGGCGUCGUUUUUGAGGCGAUAGGAAAGAUAUUGAAGUGUUGCCGACCUCUGCGUGCUUUACUCGUGCGAAUUUCAUCGGGCAAAGAUCAAAGGAUCGAUUCAUCGCGAUUUCUUAGCUAGCAAGCUUUACAGAUAAUAUUAUUUUUUACAGAUCCGGUUGAGGCAUUAGAGGAAGAAGCCGUCAAUUCAAAGGUUUCGCACGUGUGAUAUUUAUUGUUGGAGAGAGAGAGGUACUGAAAUCUUACUAUCGCACCAAAGUACAACUACAAACAUUGAGGUGUUUCUCUGAUAAACGCCACGGAUUGCCUUUACCUCUGAUAAACUUCAUAGACUGGUCUACAGGAAAAGAGUCUAAACUUUAAGAUCCUUGGUGCAAUAUUAGCUUGAAAAUAUAAGAGACUCUGUUAUAUAAGCUUGAUUGGAGGGUACCCAUUUGUUGGAGUUGCUGAGAUAUUUCUGGUAAAUCGCCGCAAAGCUUGAAGUGUUGUUGAAGAGAAGGUUUAAAGGUUGAUGUGUUGGGAUAUAUAUCUGGUUUUAAAAGAUUAACUUUGGCGAGGUGUUCAUCGUACGAAACUUCUACGGUCGCAUACCAGAGGGUUAACUUAAAGAGGGGUUAUGCCUUCUAUCUUGGAUUUAUAAACCCAAAAAAUCCUCAAAGAUUUUGAAAUUCCCCCUCCCCUGUCUUUUGCGUUUGAGUGAAAGUAACAGUGUUAAAUUUAUAUUUUUCGAUUUAUUUUUGUAUUUCGGGAGAUUUAGGAAAUUUUUUUUUUUUUGGGUUCCUGUUCUGAAAUUCUAAUUUUUGGAAAUGUCGAGAUAGGAAAAGUUUUCUUGGUUUUAAGAUUAAAAUUGGAAGAAAUUCACAGAUUUUAUUCUCUUCUUCCUUUUUCUUUUUUCCUUUAUUCUGUUCUUUUCAGCUGGAGUAAAUUCAAAGUUCACUGUUUCAGAAAACUGACGUCUCCAGAAGUCCUGACGGGUUUCAAGUAAUUUUUUUUUUCAAAGUGUUAUUAUACUGUGUAUUUUUGACAUUCUCUUGCAUUUCAAUUUUGUCCUUUCCUACUUCCUGGUUCAAAGAACAUAGUAUUUCUAGUCUUCUUAAGUAUUUGUAAGGAAAAAAGCAGAGGCUUCAUUUUGAAGUCAAUGGUGAAGGAAGCCUGAUUGAGUAGAAAAAGGAACCAUUUUGAGCUCAAUAGAGAAUCUUUCAUUUAGCUUCCAACCCCUGAAUUGUGCUAUUUUUAAACAAGCUCAAAGGCCGUGCAAACAAGUGGACUUGAUUCUGAGGAUUAAGGACACAAGGAACUCGUAUUGUGGGUUUUCAAUUUCAAGUCUUAUCAAGAGAAAAGAGUGGGAAAGAGAGCGAUAGGGAGCAUAGAGGCCUAACUGUGAAGCUUCUAGAGAGAGGGAGAAGAACUUUGAGCUUAAUUUUGAAGGGAUGAUGGCUGUUACAGCUUGCAAGGAGGGGAAGCCUGGAAUGGACCCUGGUAAAUAUGUUCGGUACACUCCUGAGCAGGUUGAAGCCCUGGAGAGGCUUUAUCAUGAGUGCCCAAAGCCGAGUUCGAUUCGAAGGCAGCAGCUCAUUCGAGAGUGCCCUAUAUUAUCUAACAUCGAGCCCAAGCAAAUCAAAGUCUGGUUUCAAAACCGAAGAUGCAGAGAGAAACAGAGAAAAGAGGCAUCACGAUUGCAAGCGGUUAAUAGGAAGUUAACGGCCAUGAAUAAACUGUUAAUGGAAGAGAAUGAUCGCUUGCAGAAGCAGGUGUCACAGUUGGUGUAUGAGAAUGGGUAUUUUCGCCAACAAACACAGAAUGUGGCCAUAACAACCACAGAUACAAGUUGUGAGUCAGUGGUGACCAGCGGUCAACACCAUUUGACACCACAGCAUCCUCCAAGAGAUGCUAGUCCUGCUGGACUAUUGUCCAUUGCGGAGGAGACUUUAGCAGAGUUUCUUUCGAAGGCUACUGGAACCGCUGUGGAGUGGAUCCAAAUGCCUGGGAUGAAGCCUGGUCCGGAUUCCAUUGGAAUCGUUGCUAUUUCACAUGGUUGCACUGGAGUUGCUGCACGAGCCUGUGGUCUUGUAGGUUUAGAACCUACAAAGGUCUCAGAGAUCCUCAAAGAUCGGCCCACGUGGUUUCGCGAUUGCCGUUCUGUGGAAGUCUUGACUGCGCUCUCCACUGGAAAUGGUGGAACCAUCGAACUACUGUACAUGCAGAUGUAUGCUCCUACAACAUUAGCAUCUGCCCGGGAUUUCUGGCUGUUGCGUUAUACGUCAGUUUUGGAAGAUGGUAGUCUUGUGGUAUGUGAAAGAUCUCUGAGCAACACACAAGGUGGUCCAAGCAUGCCACCUGUGCAGCAGUUUGUGAGAGCUGAGAUGCACCCAAGUGGUUACCUGAUAAGGCCAUGUGAAGGGGGAGGCUCAAUAAUUCACCUUGUUGAUCAUAUGGAUUUAGAACCUUGGAGUGUACCUGAAGUACUACGUCCCCUAUACGAGUCUUCAACUGUUCUUGCUCAAAAGAUGACAAUGGCGGCACUACGUCAUCUCCGCCAAAUAGCUCAAGAGGUUUCUCAAAACACUGUUGUUGGCUGGGGUCGGCAACCGGCAGCUCUAAGGGCUCUAAGCCAGAGGCUGAGCAAGGGUUUCAAUGAAGCUCUAAAUGGGUUUACAGAUGAUGGGUGGUCUUUGUUGGGUAACGAUGGCAUGGAUGACGUAACUAUUCUUGUGAAUUCAUCCCCUGCCAAAAUUAUGGCUGCAAAUCUUACAUCCACAAAUGGGUUUCCUACCGUUUGUGGAGCUGUUCUAUGUGCCAAGGCUUCGAUGCUUUUACAGAAUGUACCUCCCGCUCUACUCAUCAGAUUCUUGAGAGAGCAUCGAUCAGAAUGGGCGGAUAGUAACAUCGAUGCUUACUCUGCUGCUGCCCUGAAAUCAAAUCCUGGCACUUUACCCACUUCCCGUAUGGGAGGCUUCGGGGGGCAGGUUAUCCUUCCAUUGGCUCAUACAGUGGAGCAUGAAGAGUUCUUGGAGGUGAUCAAAUUGGAAAACCAUGGCCUUGUUCAGGAUGACUCCAUCAUUCCCAGGGACAUGUUUCUCUUGCAGCUUUGCAGUGGAGUGGACGAGAAUGCCGUGGGCGCUUGUGCAGAACUUGUAUUCGCACCUAUUGAUCCAUCUUUCGCAGAUGAUGCUCCUCUUCUCCCCUCUGGAUUUCGAAUCAUUCCUCUUGACAACGGUGUUGAUGGGUCAAGCCCCAAUCGAACGCUCGAUCUUGCUUCUGCCCUCGAGGUGGGGCCAGCUGGAAACCGAAUUUCCGGAGAGUUUGCUGGUGGUUCCGGCAGCCUUAGGUCAGUAUUGACAAUAGCAUUCCAAUUCAGUUAUGAGAACAAUCAUGAGCAGAUACGGGACAAUGUGGCAACUAUGGCUCGACAAUAUGUGAGGAGUGUGAUAUCUUCGGUUCAAAGGGUGGCCAUGGCUCUUACUCCCUCUCGACUCAACCCUCACAAUGGACUUAGGCCACCGCCUGGUACACCUGAGGCCUUGACACUUGCGAGAUGGAUUUGUCAUAGCUAUAGGUUUCACUUAGGAGUGGAGCUUCUGAGGCCUAAUGGUGAGGGUGGUGAAUCUUUGCUCAAAAUGCUCUGGCAUCAUGCGGAUGCCAUCAUGUGCUGCUCUUUGAAGGCCCUCCCCGUCUUCACUUUUGCAAACCAAGCUGGUCUUGACAUGCUGGAGACUACACUGGUUGCCCUUCAAGACAUAACGCUCGAGAAAAUAUUCGACGAAAAUGGUCGUAAAACACUCUGUGCUGAUUUUGCUCAAAUCAUGCAACAGGGAUUUGCAUAUCUGCAAGGUGGGUUGUGCGUUUCGAGCAUGGGUAGGCCAGUUUCUUAUGAAAGAGCGGUUGCAUGGAAGGUCCUCAAUGAGGAGGAGAGCACCCACUGCAUUUGCUUCAUGUUUAUGAACUGGUCAUUUGUUUAAAAACCAGUCCAAAACCUUGCUUCUUAUACCAGCUUCUCUCUAUUCAGUUUCAGGAAACUAAAUUUUGGUGUAAACUGAGGGCUUUUUGUUUUUGUUUUUGUUUUCUGGGAUUGAUUACUUCUCAUGCGUUAACUUGGAGAGGAGUGUUCCCAGUGCAUUGCCCGGGUUACCGGCAAAUUUGACUUUUUUUUAGAGAGAGAAAGUGUUCUAUUUCAUUGCACCGAUUGCUGUUUGUUU